AGAGCAUCCAAUGGGUAUGUGUACAUGUUGUGCUUCGUUAAUGAGCGUCCUUCGGGUUUUUGCGAGUUUUCUCGACUCAACCCGGGUAUUUGCCACUUUCUCUUUCUCUGCAGUAACCUUGGUUUGCUCACUUUCUCCACAACUUACAUUCAUUCCCAGUUAAAUUACGUUACAUUGCUACUGGUUGCAUGCUGUGCUGCAGAAGUAUGCAACUGACUUUCUCGGUUCCUGAAAGGAAAAGAAUGGCAGUAGAAAGUGAGGCGGUAUUUCGUUCCGCAGUGGAACUUCUAGUGCGUCCAAUAUUUUUAACAAAUUAAGAAUUUAAUUCAUAAAGCUAAAUUAAAUCAAAAUGGGUUCAACCAUUUCCAUCGUGAACGAAACCAACUGCAUUCUCAACAUUGCUUUGAAGCAGGUCACCCCACUCUACUACGAGAACAAGGUUAUGCCUGGCCAGGUUGUCAAGCGUGAAGUAGGAAAAAUUUGGUUCACCGUCGAGGCCACACUUUGGUCCGGGUUUAACGACUACGACGAUGUCUUGAAGGACUUGUCCCUUUCUACGGCUCCGAAGAAGGCGUUUGGCGCCUUCUUUGAAAGGACCGCGAUGUUUAAGGAGAUCUCGGAAGCAGCUACGGACUUUAUGAUUGAGCACAAUACCUUGGAGGCGGACGAAAAAAGCGAAGAUCCCAUCGCCAUGAGAAACGUUCUACUUCCGCCGGGAACUUCGGGAGAAAACCAAAAAAUUGUGGCCGAUUGGAUCACAAAGUUUGUCGUGCAGGAACACGGAGUAUACGCAAGUGCGGACAAAGUCAUAAAAAUUGUGGGUGGUCCGUCCGCAGUUAUAGAUCUGAAUGGGGGCGAAACAGGAGAAGGGUCACAACUCUUGGAAAAUGUUAAGCCAUUCAGUAUCAUUCUAUGUUAAAAUAUUUACAAGUGUUCCAUCAGUUUUGAUCAUAAUUAAUAAAAAUCUCAAUCCCAAAUCUUGUAGCUAAUGGGGAUUUUGGGACUUUUGCUUUCGAAAAAUUUUCCUUGUAGCGUGACAUUUACGUGACAUUUACUCUGUAUGUAUAUUAACACAAGCAGGACCUUUGCUAUAUGUACAUAUAUACAAGUCACUACGUUUUCUGUGAACACUCCAUUUUCCACUUUUUAGCGACUUCAUCUGUGAACGACCUGUUUUGUGGCACGAGCUUAUAUGUACGUCUCUAAAGAGAUGAUAAUUAAUUAAUUUCAUACAAAUGCUUCCGAUAUUUUCUCGAAGUGACCAAAAUUAAGAAUGAUUGAUCCAACUCAAUAACAAUUUAUAAUUUUCAAUUCAAUUUUAUUUCUUCAAACGGUGACCGUAACCUACAUCUCUAAAUUAAUAUAUGUACACACUUACAUUUGUCCUUCAUUAGUUACCGAUCGGCAUCUAAUAAAGGAACAUAUAUUUAUAGGAAUAUGCAUUAAUAUCGUAAUGAUAUUCAUAAUUUUUGAAAUAUGUAGAUUCGUUAUGCAGAUAUGUAGAUAUGUUCAGAUGCACAGGAUAGAAAUAAUGAAAGUCUUGUUAUGCUUAACAAUUUUAAGAACAGAUGUUAUCCUGAAUCGUUACUUAAUGAUACUAACAAUAGGUUGGAAUUAUUAGAUAAUUACAGUGUACUACAGCCAAAGAAAGCAUUAACUAUAAGUAAUUUUAUUAUUCAUCAUCCCGAAAUACUGCACAAUUAUUACGUCAAAACCGAAACUAAUUCUUUAUUAGUAAAUACCAAUACAAAUUCCUACAUUGUAAUGCCAUUUUAUAAAGCAUUAUCCAGAUUAGGUAGUAUCACCAUCGAGUUCAUUCGUAAGGAGGGAGAAAAAAGCUCCCAUUUAGGACACAAAGAGAUUUUAACCAAAAUGAAGAUUCACACAAGCUACAGUAAAGUUGGCAGCAUUUAUAACUACAUAGUGAAACAGAAGCAGAAUAAUCAGUGAUUGCCUCUCUGUCCUCACCAUUACUUACAUAUAAACCCGUAUAUAUGUAUACAUAUAUAAAAUAGGUAGUUUUUUGACAACGUACUGAAGUAAAAUUCAAAAAAUUGAAAAUACAAUGUAAAAUCAGGUAAAUAUAUUUGUACUUGUAAUAGCGAUUAAUCAUAAAAUAUGUAACAUAGAUUAAUACUUUUAUUCUGUAACUUCACAAGUAAUUUUAGCUCCGAACAGUAGAAGUGGAUAACUUACGUCACUAACGUCGUAUUUAUAUCAUUAUUAUUAUAAGGUAAAUAGCUAUAUACUAGUCUUGAUUGGUUACUUAUAUUUGUAAUUUGUACCAUCUAUAUUAUAAUUUCGAAAAGUCCGUCCCGUGAAAUUUUCCGUGACAUCCCAGCAUUCUGAUUGGCUGCCAGCUUCCUGUCUCCACCAAUCAGGGAAUAGAUCCAAUGUCUCAAUAUGAUUAUGAUUAUGACUAUGGUUAUGAAUAUGGUUAUGAAUAUGGUGAUGAAUAUGGUUAUGCAUAUGAUUCUCAAUAUGACUAUGAAUAUGAUUAUGAAUUUGAUUAUGAAUAUGAUUAUGGAUAUGAUUAUGAAUAUGAUUAUGAAUAUGAUUAUACAAUUUAUUACAAUUUUGGGAACUAUCCCACUAUAUCUCUUAUCUAAGCAUUAUCAGACUUAUCUAGCAUUACAUAUAUUAGCUAAUAGAUAACAGCUUUCAACAGCUUUCUACAAUUCAA